ACUCUCUUCGUGAUCCUGAAUUUGCUCUUUUCUUCUUCUAAUCUCAGUUGCCCAGAUUCAGGAAGAGGAGUGUGGUUGGCUUGAGAGUGAGCAAUGGCGAAUACUAAGAAACUUGAGAAGUUGGCGUCCAUUGAUGCGCACCUUCGGCUUCUGGUUCCGGGGAGAGUGAGUGAAGAUGACAAAUUGGUUGAGUACGAUGCUCUGCUUCUGGAUCGAUUUCUUGACAUUGUUCAGGAUUUGCAUGGCGAGGUUCUCAAGGAAACGGUUCAAGAGUGUUAUGAACUUUCUGCUGAGUAUGAGGGAAACCAUAAUCCAAAGAAGUUGGAGGAGCUGGGGAGUGUUUUGACAAGUUUGGAUCCUGGGGACUCCAUUGUUGUUGCUAAGGCUUUCUCCCACAUGCUUAACUUGGCCAACCUGGCUGAGGAAGUGCAGAUUGCCUACCGUCGAAGGAUCAAGUUGAAGAAGGGUGAUUUUGCUGAUGAGAACUCUGCAAUAACCGAGUCAGACAUUGAGGAAACUCUCAAGAGACUAGUGGUGGAUCUCAAGAAGUCUCCUCAAGAAGUUUUUGAUGCUCUUAAGAAUCAGACUGUGGACCUGGUCUUCACUGCCCAUCCAACCCAAUCAGUUCGAAGAUCUUUGCUUCAGAAGCAUGGAAGGAUACGGAAUUGUCUAGCCCAGCUGUAUGCUAAAGAUAUUACUCCAGAUGAUAAGCAGGAGCUUGAUGAAGCUUUACAGCGUGAGAUUCAAGCUGCAUUUCGUACAGAUGAGAUUCGAAGGACUCCUCCAACUCCCCAGGAUGAGAUGAGGGCAGGAAUGAGCUACUUCCAUGAGACAGUUUGGAAGGGUGUCCCCAAAUUCUUGCGUCGCGUUGACACUGCUUUGAAGAACAUUGGGAUCAAUGAACGUGUUCCAUAUAAUGCUCCCCUCAUUCAAUUCUCUUCAUGGAUGGGUGGUGAUCGAGAUGGUAAUCCAAGGGUAACUCCUGAGGUCACAAGGGAUGUUUGCUUAUUGGCUAGAAUGAUGGCUGAUAACCUUUACUAUUCCCAAAUUGAGGAUUUGCUGUUUGAGUUGUCAAUGUGGCGUUGCACUGACGAGCUUCGUGUUCGAGCAGAUGAACUUCACAGGUCCUCGAGGAGAGAUGCAAAACACUACAUAGAGUUUUGGAAACAAAUUCCUUCUAACGAACCAUAUCGUGUUAUUCUUGGUGAUGUGAGGGAUAAGCUUUAUUCAACACGUGAGCGGACUCGCCAAUUAUUAUCUCAUGGCAUCUCUGACAUUCCAGAGGAGGCAACUUUCACCAAUGUCGAACAGCUCCUGGAACCUCUGGAGCUCUGUUAUAGGUCACUUUGUGCUUGUGGUGAUCAGUCAAUUGCUGAUGGAAGCCUUCUCGACUUUUUGAGGCAAGUCUCAACUUUUGGACUCUCGCUUGUCAGACUUGACAUCCGGCAAGAGUCUGACCGCCACACUGAUGUUAUUGAUGCCAUUACCAAGCACUUGGGAAUUGGUUCCUAUCAAGAGUGGUCUGAAGAACGCAGACAAGAGUGGCUGUUGUCAGAACUUCGUGGCAAGCGCCCAUUGUUUGGCCCUGAUCUUCCAAAAACUGAAGAAAUAGCUGAUGUUCUGGACACUUUUCAUGUGAUAUCAGAGCUCCCAGCAGACUGCUUUGGAGCAUACAUCAUUUCAAUGGCAACUGCACCUUCUGAUGUGCUUGCUGUUGAACUCCUGCAACGUGAAUGCCAUGUGAAGCAACCGUUAAGAGUUGUUCCACUGUUUGAGAAGCUUGCAGAUCUGGAGGCUGCUCCUGCUGCUUUGGCUCGGCUUUUCUCAAUUGACUGGUACAGAAAUCGGAUCAAUGGCAAGCAAGAGGUCAUGAUUGGGUACUCAGAUUCUGGUAAAGAUGCUGGGCGUUUCUCAGCUGCCUGGCAGUUAUAUAAGGCUCAAGAGGAGCUUAUAAAUGUUGCCAAGCAUUAUGGGAUCAAGCUGACCAUGUUCCAUGGUCGUGGUGGAACGGUUGGAAGAGGAGGUGGUCCCACCCAUCUUGCUAUAUUGUCUCAACCACCAGACACAAUUCAUGGAUCACUUCGAGUUACAGUUCAAGGUGAAGUCAUUGAACAAUCAUUUGGAGAGGAGCACUUGUGCUUUAGAACACUGCAGCGUUUUACAGCUGCCACUCUAGAGCAUGGUAUGCAUCCUCCAGUUUCACCAAAACCAGAAUGGCGUGCACUGAUGGAUGAAAUGGCCAUCAUUGCCACCGAGGAAUACCGUUCCAUUGUCUUCAAAGAACCUAGAUUUGUUGAAUAUUUCCGCCUUGCUACACCAGAGUUGGAGUAUGGUAGAAUGAACAUUGGAAGUCGUCCAUCAAAGCGAAAGCCAAGUGGGGGUAUUGAGUCUCUCCGUGCAAUUCCAUGGAUAUUUGCUUGGACACAGACAAGAUUCCAUCUUCCUGUUUGGCUUGGAUUUGGAGCAGCAUUCAAACAUGUCAUUCAGAAGAACAUUAAAAAUUUCCAUAUGCUGCAGGAGAUGUAUAACAAUUGGCCUUUCUUUAGAGUCACCAUCGAUUUGGUUGAAAUGGUUUUUGCAAAAGGAGACCCCGGGAUAGCAGCCUUGUAUGAUCAGCUCUUAGUUUCUCAGGAAUUAUGGUCAUUUGGACAGCGGUUGAGGACUAACUAUGAAGAAACAAAAAGCAUUCUCCUCCGGAUUGCAGGGCAUAAAGAUCUUCUUGAGGGGGAUCCAUACUUGAAGCAAAGACUCAAGCUGCGUGAUUCAUACAUCACGACUCUCAAUGUUUGCCAGGCCUAUACACUGAAACGGAUCCGUGAUCCAAAUUACAACGUGAAGUUGCGGCCACACAUCUCCAAGGAGAUUAUGGAAUCAAGCAAGCCAGCUGAUGAACUUGUGAAGCUGAACCCAACAAGUGAAUAUGCCCCAGGUUUGGAGGACACCCUCAUUCUGACCAUGAAGGGUAUUGCUGCUGGGAUGCAAAACACUGGUUAAACUCAACUCUUAUUUCCAGACCCUCCAUUUUCCAUUUGCUUGACUUCUCUUCCGCCAAUAGUCUUUGUCUGGAAAACCACCAACAUAUCUAUGUAUGCACCUAAAAGUGGAUGCUCUUCAAACUAUGUAUGCUAUAAGGUCCAAAUUUUAGACGAUCUUUUGUGAGCUAUAUGCUCGCGUUGCUAUGCCUUGGUGCUACCAGCAUCAGCAGUUUCUUCUAUCUACACAGAAUGAAACUCAAUGAAGCUUAUUAUUCAUGCUUUAAUGAAUUAUGUGCCCUUGAGGCCUUUGGUACUUUAAU